AUGAAGUUCACAAAAUUCCCCUGCCUACCACCAGAGCUUCGUGAUAUGAUUUGGCAGCAAUACUUUCGUUCACUGGCUCGCCUGAUACCUUAUGACGAGUAUAGCAGUGUAGCGAUACCUAUCAAGAUGUUAGCUGUUCAAAAGAUUGACCGGGAGAGCUACUUCGUCUUCAAAAGAGUCUACGAUUUCCGCCUGACGGUCUAUCGUGUCCCAACACCUACUAUCCGUGCAUACUUUUGGCAUGAUUACUCAAUAAAUCAUGAACACCACUUCGAAGAAUGGCUUACCAGGAACGGCACCAUGGAUGAAUACAACGACGACUUGGGAAGCGUGGAUCGAUCGAGAGAGCAUGGAGUUCUCUGGCUGAAUUUCGAUUUCGACAGGUUUGUCAUGAGCCCGUGGGGUGAUCACAUGAUGGUGGAAUCCAACGGCGUGAUGGACAUACGAUUCUGGACGACCGACCCAACAAUCUCAUCCAUCAUGCUCAAGCACGAGACAGAACAUCUGGGUAUCAAGCAUAUCAAACACACGAUAAGCAUAGUCACUGACCAUGUCUGCAAUUACAAUGGUCCCGAUGUUCAUCCGGCGCUUUCCUGGUGCUGUUCACCGCUUGUUGAUAUCAUGAAGACCUUUGAGACCUGCACGCAAAUAUGUAUUCCCUGCGGAGACGAAAUGGGUGAUCUUGAUGAUCGGGAAAGCCACAAAAUACAACAAGAUGGCACCAGAGAUAGCGACCUCGAAAUAGCGUUGAAAGACUUUGUUCUCCAGUUAGAGGGGGCGGAUUCUAGUGAUAGGGCACUUAAUGGAUACCUUGACCCACGCAUGCUUGCUAUUUUCAAACGAGCGGAACCCGAUGGGAAUAUGGAAAGGAUUGGAUAG